AUGGAUGUCUCAUCGCUGAGCUGCUCCGUGCAGCGAACCAGCCGUUGCCUCUUCACGUACAACCUACACAUGAAGUAUAUGCAGGCAGAAUGGAACAUCGACAAGAGCUUCUCCGACUUCGAACAACUGCAGGAGAGCCUUGUCUUUCAAGAGUUUACCGAUGUGCCGCUACUACCUGACCUUCAGCUUUCCGGCGGUAUAGACCCUAUGGGCGAUGCGUAUAAUUCCGAAGAGGUACUCCAGAAGUUCAUACAGGAGGUUUUGCGUCGUCCAGACACCAGGUCAUGCAUGGAUGUAUUAAUUUUUUGUGAUCUGCUGCGCCACUUGCAAACACCCCCGACACAAGUUUUUGCGACGCGACUGACUUCGACUCCCGCCUGUCACCUCUCCGUUUCGGAUUUAGUGUACCUGGAAAAUGAGAAGAUUUUGAUAGUUGCAUACGAGGAGAAAACUGCAUUAAGCAAGAUCGGUCGCAUGUGGUCCAUCAUCGAGCCGGAUAUUCUGGGAGCAAUUCGCGUGUUCAAAAUGGGCGCCAACAUCACAGACGGAGCGACCCAGAUUGCGGAACACCUGUUCCACAGCAAGAUACGAGCAAUCAAGUAUGUGCGGGAGUCUGCGACUCUGGUUGUUGCCAAGGAUGAUGGCUAUGUGGGGAUGUAUCGCAUGGAGAACGACUGGACAGAGUUUGAAAGCAUAGGCAGUAUAGCUCUGCACUCGGGACCAAUAGUGUCGUUUGACAUGGUCAAACACCUCGGGUUCACGAGCGGAUACGAUGACACCAUUAGGUGCUUUGACGCUACGCUCCCGAAGACCGUGAGUGGAGGGAAGCUAACCAAGCGUCUGAACGGCGAUAAGUUGCUUGCUUCUGCUGCUGCAUCACCACGAACGAUGUUCAUAGGAACGUCGAACAACCAGAUUUACACGUAUUACAUGAUGGACGACGUCCCCGUGUUCGUCGACUGCUGCGAAGUACCGGCGCCGAUGAACAUCAGGAAAAUCCACUGUACCCCAAGCAAUCUUUUCGUGGCACACGGGAACUGCGUCUCGUGUUACAGGUACUCGCGUUCGCCUGUGGAAACUAUUCGCGAGUUGAAGAGACCUAAGGGAUCGGCCUCCGCUCCCGUCGCCAGGGAGAUGACCGGGAUCGGUCAUCAAAAGGAACCGGCACCGACGGCGCCUGCCGAAUCGCAGCCGUACAACGGCACAAUCUCAUUCCCUAUGUCCAUUCGUUCCGCGCAGUUCUCGGUGAACAGCAGCACCAGCAGUUUUUCGACGUACCAGGUUUACGAUAUUGCGCUUCGCCCGCAAGCCAAGCAGCUUUUGGUAGCUUACGAUGAAGUCGUCGCCAUUUGGUGUGUUGCCAAGGGUGUGAUGCUGUACUCUUGGUACGCGCAUCGCCACGCGCAAGUUCACGUGCUACGCGUCUUGGAACCCGAAGGAUUGGUCGUGACUGGCGGAUCGGAUGGCGAGGUGCGUGUCUGGCGUCUGCCUGAUCCAUCGCUGCUAAUGCUGGGUAAAGCUGUUUCCUCUUGA